AUGUCUCAUCCAUCGCUAUUCUCGUUGAAAUCACAUCGAUUACGAAUCUGUCUUUUGUUAAUGAUUGGACUUUAUGCGACGGUUUCAAUGAGAGUAAAUCUGAGCAUGGGAGUGACGUGUAUGGUAAACACAACUGCAAAUGCUAAGCCUGCAACUUUAUCGAAUACGAGUCAACAAGUGGAACCGAGUGGGACGUGUUAUCGGAGAUACGAUGAAGUGUCCGCGAAAGAGGAUGGAUAUGGGGGUCCUCUCCUUUGGAGUUCCUCAAUGCAAUCACUUCUAUUCUCGGCCACAUUCUAUGGUGGAUUGGUGACCAUUGCCAUUUCUGGCUAUAUUGCUGAUCGUUUCGGUCCAAAGAUGAUUCUACUAUUUGCUGCUAUCGAUAUCUCGAUCAUGACAAUGAUGGGCCCGUUUCUUGCUUCGAAUUCCUAUUGGGCCUAUUUUGGAGCUCGAUUUAUUAUGGGGCUUGGAGAGGGCUUCAUUUUCCCGUGUCUGAACAGCAUGGCCGCCAAAUGGUUUCCACCGAGUGAGAAGUCGACUGUUGGAGCUAUUUAUACAAGUGGAAAUCAGUUAGCCGCUGGUUUCACCUCAUUCCUUGUGGCCGGAUUGUGCUCUUCACCGCUUGGAUGGCCGUCGAUCUUCUACAUUUUUGGCAGCUUAGGCAUCAUCUGGGCAAUUGUUUGGCAAAUCUUGCCACGAAUUACCCAAACGAAAACAAAUGGAUCUCUGAAGAGGAGAGGAUCUACAUCGAGAAAAAUCUUGCCAACAAACAGCAAUCUCAAUAUUUUCAAGAGAAUCGCGUCCCCUGGAGAGAAUUGCUCUUUGAACGGUUUAUUCACAAUGGUGCCCUUCAUUUCUCAACUCGUUUCAAAGAAUAUUUUUGGCGUGUUGUCGGAUUAUAUGAAGAGACACGAGAUUUUAGAUCCCGAUGUUUCUGUGAAAGUUUUUCAAGCGAUUGGAGCCAUUGGAUCAGCCGUUUCCCUCAUCGCUCUAGCCACACUUCCAUCCUGCGAACACCCAUAUAUCGCUCUGCCCAUUCUGAUGGCUUACGGUAUUUUCUUCUCCGCCGGAAUUUGUGGUUUCUUCACAUCUUUGCUUUCAAUCGCUCCCCCGUACUCGGGCACAAUGACCUCGAUCUCGAUGACUUAUGCCACAAUUGCUAACUUGAGUGGCCCGAUUCUGAUCACAUUUAUCGAUUUUAUGGGUUGGCCAAACAAAUGGAUGAUUACCUUUUUAUUCGCUGCUUCUUUUAACAUUUUAUCUGGAAUAUUUUAUGUAUUUUAUGGAGAAGCUCGAGUACAAGAAUGGGCAAAGCCAAACGAGAAAGAGAAGCCAAGGAUU